UCGAGAGGAUCGAUGCUGCCUGGCUCACACGCGUCGGUGUUUCAAUUCGAAAAGUCGAAUACAGUCGUGCGCAGUGAUUUUCGAUAGAAUUAACCGAGUAGUGAAGUGAAUUCGGUAGUGACACGUAUCUCCAUUUGUGCAAUUACUUGUCGGAUGUUUCACGUGGACCUACUGCAAUCUGCUGGAGUUUAACUAAGCACGUCACCUCGUAUGUCUGAGAAUUAAUUUUCAAAUUAGUCGCAGGAUUAUAAACGAACAAUUGUCGAAGUAACAAAAGUCGCCAAGAAUUGACCUUGUCACCGAGUUUCAUAAUCUCCAAGCUGUGCAAAGAUACGAUCAAUAUCGCGCUUUAUCGCGGUAACAGUGCAUAAUCUCGGUGGUGCAACGUAGUGCGAGAUUCUCUUUGAAGUGCUAUAUACAAGGGGCUGCAAUUACCUCCGCGCGAUCCGCGACGUCGCUGCCAGUCCGCUUCGCAGGAUGCGAUUAACGGGGCGAUUCGCCGUUACAGCACUGUGAAAUUCGCGGCGCGCCGAGCGAUCGGGAAAAUAGAGCAAUAGGUGCAAAAAUAGAGACUAUCAAUCGGAGAAAUCGGCCGCGAGAUUACCGGCGAUUGGUGUCUCGCGAGGAAAACGCAAUCGAUGUACCGCGAUGUACCAUCCUUGUAAAUUGCUGGCGCUCUCGUUGCGCGAUAACGGCACUCGGCUGCCCGCGGUAUAGCGGCUCGCAAAAAACCUCGACGGAAACGCGAAAUUACAUCUGCGCUCUAAUUGGACACGAUAUCACUGCGAUUCGAAGAAAUUUAGAAAUUUUAUAAACGUUAUUGCAGUGAACAUUAUCGUGCAGUUAAGUGCGGUGUACAUCUUUGGAUACACAAAUAAAACAAUAAUGCAACGGAUAAUUAUGAUGCCUCUCAGUCUUAAUUAUGACGAGUGUGACUAAAGAAAAUUUCAUAUCGUGUUAUAGAAUGUUUCUAAUGUAAAGGGAACAUUUUUUUCGCAAAGUUGGAGUUUCCCGCGCGACGUACAUAUAUCGACAUGGAGUUUAUUGCAAUUUCCACGUGGUGACUCGCGCUGUGAAUUUCCGUCGACCGGCUCGACUAGCAAUACAAUGUUACGCGUCUGUUGUGGUGAAUUUUGUGGCACUUCAAACGACAGUUUCCGCCGCAGAGUAAUAGUUUCGCAGCUCGCUGUAGCUACGGAUUGUUUCUGCACCGAGAACUUUGCGUCGCAGCACGCUGCGUUCCGAUAAUUUGCUACGAUAAUGUCCGCUGACAGAAACUUGCUGCAAAACCAAAACCUGAGGUUCGUGAAUUUACGGCUGAUUGACCAGCGAUAAACAGUAUCCGAUGCCCGUCGCAAGAAGUUGCGAUGCGAUUAUCGGGCCGCUAAGUUUUUCAGCAAGUUUGAGAACGUUUUGAAGCAGGAAAUCGGAGAUAAGAGCAAACUUAUCGUUAAAGUGCCUGAUAAUUUACUGGAAAAAUUGUCGUAUUUAUUUUUGCCAAGUAACUUUUAACGAGUCAUCGAAUCGCCAUCCAGGAUAAUUAAUGUGAACAGUUAAAAGUUACGUUGAAAGUUAUCGCUUCCGUCUGUCCCGAUCGUAUCGCGCUUACCACAUCGAUGCAACGAGAACCGAAGCAAAUCCGUAUUAUUUCUACGCUGCAUCGCGCUGCAUCGCGUGAGCGAGUAAGACACACGGGAUUCUUUUCCACGAACUGCUUUUUCGGGAAUUCAUCGUUUCGCGCGUGAAUCUGCCGUGCAACCUCACCGAGCGAUAAUCUGUGUCUUCGCGGAAAUCGGAGCGUUGAAAACCGCACAGCUGUAUACGAGAACGCGUUUACGUCGAAGGACGCUGCGAGAAGUUAUUCUCUGCGUUGCGAAUCGCGCUACACCUUUGCGGAUCCGAGAACAGGGGGACCUUGGGCGCACCGCGCUGCACAUGGAAGAAGGCCGCAUCGAGCGCUGCGAAAGGCGCGAUUCAAGCGCGGAUGCAUCGCAGACGCGACGGAAUUCAACGAGUUCGUCGUCACGGGAAUUUAUCCGGAGUGCAACGAGCAAUGAUGCAGUCGUCAAAACGAGUUCGCGAUACGGAGUCGCAGCGUGCGGAAGAGAGAUAGACGAAUAGGUGGAUGCAAUCGUCCUGUUGAUGUCGUGCGACGAUUGACGGCGCGGAGAUGUUUCUCGGUUAAUGCCGGUUGCCCGGCACGGAAUUGCACCACGUCAAUGCGUGACCUGGAAUCAUUCGGAUAACGCAGCCGCGGUCGAUUAUCGGGGAUAACAGCGGCUGCCCCUCGGCGAGGCAGAAGAAUCUGGUGUCUCCAAUCAUUACCCUAAUCUUUUCGAUAAGAUAUGAUUAAAAUGCUGCCAUACGACGGAAAAUGAGUGAUGAAAUAAUUUCGAAAUCCCACAACGACAACAACAGUCUCUUCGCCGACGAGGAUGCGCCCGAAACGGGCGGCGGCGCUUCUCGUCUGGUUGCUUCAUGGAUCACGUCGAGAGGGCUGACGAACGCCGAGACGGUAGACACGUGCUCACGGAACGUGCAGAGCUUCACGACCUUCCGCGUUUCCGGUUUGCCAAGGCGGGAAUUGCUGGCGCCCAACGACGACAGGAUGCUCAAUCAUCAGCGUGAGUCGACCGAGCAACGUCACGCGCGACAAUUGUCUGCCCCGAAGAACGACCAGAGCGAAGGGGCCGGCAGCGCCCUGCGGCGCUACGAGAACGCGGUGCUCAGGUACCAGAAGCCAAAGGCGAGACCUAAGCGACAGAUCAGCCGGGAGCGUCGACAACAGCAGCGCAGCAAUUACUCCAGCAGCGACGAGAGCGUCGCGAGACACAAGUCGAAGAGCACCAGUUCGAUCGACACGCAGUCGGUGAACAAUAUUCUGGACGAGUACGAGGAUCUGGACUAUCGCAGAUCAUCGGAUCUCAGCGACGUUGGCAGUAUCAGUGUGGGCAACUUUGAAGCGGUGAUGAUGGAUCAACAAAAGCGACAGCAACAAGGAAAAUCGAAACUUUCCGGCGCGAAGGUUCUGGCUAAAUCCAUUCCGACGAGAGAGAAAGUUCAACCGGUACUAAAGGUGAACCAGCAGACUCAGGUGAGACAGCGUUCGCGGGACAGACAGAAGGAUUCUAGCAAAGGACAGCAGCAAGAUACUUGUGUCUCGUCGUCGGUGAUGACGGACGCGAUCGAGAGCGGUCGCUCGAGGAUGCCGGAAGUGCUGCUGCGCAAGGGCGAGGUUCAAAAACGAGUGGACGAGUGGCUGAGCCAAGCGCACAGCCAGAACUUUCCGCUACCGCGAGAAAAACCGUUGACGAGAUCCAACAGUAGUGCCGAAAAAAGCCAGCGUAGAUAUCGGCAGGAUUCGCGGGUCAGAUCGAUCGACGAAGCGCGAAACAGACUGAAUGGAGGCACCUCGUCGAGCUACGACGAUCUGACUCGUGUGGAGCGCAAGAUCGAGCGCAGCAGGCUGGAAAAAAUUAACGUCGGCGUGAACACCGGCAGAAGCGCAUACAAAGAGUACCUGACGGUCAAGAGCAAAGUCAAACAGCAGGAUUACGGCGGCUACGGCGCUCAGCCGAGUGUCGCAUCUUCGAGAUCCGGCGACUCCAGUCCGGCGUCCAGGAUUCCGCAGAGAGGACCGCUCGGUUCGAGUUUCAGAUCUCGACGCGCCGAGACGAAUCCCGAGGAGAGAGGCACGACCGAAAGUAGAAUCGCGAAUUUGGCGAGGGCGAGAUACGAGUUUAAUCACAACAGAGCAAUCGUUAAUAGCUCGAAAGUGGCCGAAGUGUCUACUGUUGCGACUUCAACGACGACGACGGCAACGACAACAACGUCAAUUAUACCCGGCAGGAGACCGUCGCUGAAGCGUUCAGGCAACGGCGCUGAUCAGAACUGCGCCGCGGUGCGCUCACUCGUUAAGGAGGAGACAACGGACGCGCGCUCGCCGCGCGGGACGGGCGGCCCGUCGAAGGGCCCGCUGUCGGCCGGCGUUGGCCUUGGUGACCAAGGCGACCCGAUCUCACCAAAUAAGGACGGAGAAAGUAGGCGGCCGGCUGUUACGGCGACUGGACCAACGCCGCGGCCCGCCGAUAAAGCGGUCGAGACGGCUUGUAAAUCGAUGGAAGCGCCGGCGAGAUGCGCCGCUGUCGGCCAUCCUCGGGAUGUCUUGUCGAGGAUCGCGGAAUCGGGAAGCGAGUCGCGACGUCGAUUUCAAGUUUCAAGUGACAUCCGAAGAGAGUACAGAUCGCACGAUCAGUUGCGACAGGAGCAGCCGAUCUACGGUUUACCUGUUGGCGCACGAGUGCGGGCUCUUCAAGGUCAGGCGGAGUCGCGCGGCCCGAGAAUCAGGUGUCAUCAAGCUGGAGAAAUAUCGAUGGAAGCUAGAAAACCGCCGGCGGUGCUGCCGCGUAAGGAUUUCGGCGCGUCUUCUUCGCAAGAUACCGGAUCGCAGGAACAAGUGAAAGCGCCGAUCGGCGCGCCUUCGUCGAGUUUCAAGCCGAACAAUCGUGCUUACACCGCGACGAGCGGUUCGCAGCAGCAACAGCAGCUGAAUGAGCAGAAUGCUGCGAGGUCCAAGGUCGUAGCCUGCGAGGCUCCCCCGCCCGGUAGAAUCGCGCGUUACGCUUCGCCGGAUCAUGUGGAGAGAAUUUACGAGCGCAGUUUGCAACCGCAGGUGAUCCAUGCGAACGAUCUCGAAUCGAUUCUCCGACCUUCUCUGCAGGUGUCUCCUUAUGGCGAAAAAGUCGGCGUUCCCAGAUCGGAUCGAGAAUCGCUCGUCAAAGAGACGUCGACGGCACUCGAGAACGAACCGUUCGCAAUCGGCGAGUCACGGCAUGAGCAUCUCGAGACUAUCGAAGAAGACGAUCGGAAGAGCGAGAGCUCGGUCUGCAAGUAUCCGGAGAUCGGUUUGAAGCAAUGUUUAAAGGUGCAGCAGAGUUUACCAAAUAGCAGAUCGAAAGAAUCAGUGGACAAAAGAAAAGACGAUUCGUCGAUUUACGCCAAGUGGGAUCAACAGCAGCAGCAGAUUGUCCUUAAUGAGCCCGCGAAGACCUUCGCUACGUUCCAAUCGAUAUCACCUUGUCCGACUAACGUCAAGCCAAGCGUUCAGCCUCGAUCUACGGAAGUGAAAGAAUCCAAAGGUUAUGACGAGGUCAAGCAGAAUCGAAACGAGCCAGCGACAAUCCUCGAAAAUUUUGCGAUCAACGAGGACGCGUUACAGGAAGAUCAAGGUCAACUCAUUGCAAUCCACUCACGAGAAAACAGUAAUCUAUCGACCGCCACGAUUCCCGUCGAUGAACUAGAGAAUCAGCGAGGCUCAAGAUUCAGGACUGGGAACGAUCCGCUUCGGAAUAGAUUUCAGUUCAAUGAAAAGUCGCAUGACCGCGCGAUUGAGGAAACGACGAAGGACGUCGAUGGUGCGGUAGUGAAUGAAGUUCUCGUGAAGAAUCUGCAGUUCGAGCAGGAUCUGCCGAAAAAUUCAAUUGAGCAAACGAAAGUGGAUAACGUUCAACAUGUGAAUUUUCGUAAUGUUCUGUGCGACGAUUACGAGAAGUUGAAGAACAAGAAGAUGUACAUGACGAAGGAAGAAAUGGAUCACCAGAGAUUAAUAGACAUGUUGAAGAAAGGAGACUUCGAGAUGCUGAAAAUGGAACUGGAGAGGAGUUACACCCUCUCGACCCCGGGAGGCAGCAGCCCCGUUUGUUGUCCGCCUUGCAGCCCGCCGCCCGCGCCGGCCGCAUACAUAUCGAACGCGCGCGCGUCCUCGCGUAGACUCGGCGCCGGAAGUGGCCCCGGUGGGCCCACAUCUCCGGAAAGGGAUCCCCUGGGAAGACUGUUAAGAUUCCUGAAGACCUUCUACAGGGAGCUGGGCACUCGUGACCCACCCCAUUUACCGCCAUGGGCGUCCCCGCUGCCGCUCGGCACCCUCUGCCCGGCGCACUUUCAGCCGCAUCUGCAGCUAGUGCACAAGAGUGAGCAGGAGCAUCGCCUCGAGAACAUCAAGCCCGACCAGAUCUUCGCUCCUAUCAGGUUAAGCGACGGCACGGUGUCCGAGGCGCCGCGACGCGUCGCCGUCGAAGGUGGCCCCGGGAGCGGGCGGACCACACUCUGUCUACGACUACUGCAUCAAUGGGCGACUCAGAGCGACGGUCCCGCUCUGGCCUUUAUCGUGCCGCUGCGCGAGCUUCGCGGCAGUCCCGUCCUGAAUUAUCUGGCGCGAGAAUUAUUCCCGCGAACGGCCGCAUUGGGCGAUGCGGUCUCCCAGGUGUGGCGCACUUUACACCUCAUGGAAGACCGCGUGCUCUUCGUUCUGGACGGCUACGACGAGUGUGUGGGUGGCCGGGCGUCGCUCGGCGAUGCAGCCGAUUUAUUGGAGGGUCGACUAUUUCCAGACGCCAGAAUUUUGGUCACAUGCUCGCCCAGCAAUUCGACCGUCCUCGCGCCUUUGGUCCAGCGCAGGAUUCAUCUGGCCGGCCUCGAGUGGCCGCAUGUAGAGCGGCUCUGCGUGGCUUAUUUCAUUCACAACGACAUCGCCGAGAAAGCCUGCGAGUUCCUUGAGGCGCUAAAUGUGCAACCGCAGUCUGUCAGGCAGCUUGGCCAGCAUCCGCUCGGCUGGAUAAUGCUUUGCUGCUUGUAUCAGGAUUCCGGAAGUCUGCCGACCGAGACAAGCGCUCUCGUGCAAGCGGCAGUAAAGUGCAUCGUGAAGAGGAGCUUAGAUCCGCCGAUCCCUUAUAACGAGGAAAUCCCGGGUCACUGCAGAAAGCGUCUCGAGGACUUCGGCAAGGUGUCUCUGGCUGCGUUACGAGAGAGCAGGUGCUGUUACACGGAAGCCGAGCUGAGAGCGCGCGGUGGCGGCAUCGAGGUCACCCGGCUUGGUUUUUUGACACGCGGAUUGACAUUCGGUCAACGACGUAAACCCGAUCUUUACACGCCUAUUCACAUGGCAGUGGCUGAGUUCCUGGCUGCAUACUAUCUCACCUCAGUGGCGCAGUACGCCAACAUUCUGCGCCGCGAGUUGGAGGGUCUGCCGCCAGGCAUCAUUGGCCACUUGGCGGGUCUGCUCGGCCCGAAGACACAUCUAAUUCUGAACCAAUUGUGCCCGCUGGAGGUGCCACCCAGAGCUGUAUUCUCAUUGUUGAAAGCGGCCGGCGCAUCCGACGGCAACAUUUCGGCGGUCUGCCGGCUGGUCGGCGCGGGCUCCGGCUUCGGGCCCGCGCCCAAUGAACGGCCUCCGGCCCCGCUGGUACACACGUCUCCCCUCGAACUGGAAGGAUGGGCUAGGAUUCUCGAGAGUGCAGCGUGCACGCUCGAAGCGCUUGAGGUAGUGUUUCAGGUGGAGAGAGGAUCCGAUCCAAGGUAUCUGGACGACUUCUUCGACGCGCUCGCCGGCAACGAAAGUGUCAAACUCGUCCGGAUCACGUCUCUUCUGGGGCAGGAGUUUCCAGCGGAUGAAGCGCAGCGAUUGGCCGGACACCUGAAGAGCGUGCUCGGCAAGAAGAAGCUCAACGACUUCGAGCUCGUCAUCACGUGUCUCGAGGAAGCGGCCCACGAUAGACUGGAGUGCGUGGUGAACGCUCUUUGUCGCGGCUUGAGUCACGCCUCCGGCAGCCUGUCGCGUCUGGUGCUCGACAUGAAUCUGUCCGGCGAGCAAGUAUCCCGGGUCUGCGAAGCUCUACGCGGCUGCAUUCAAGUGCAGGCGCUGCACUUGCCCCAUUUAGGCUGUGGAUGCGAGGGCCUAGCCUCGGUGGCCGAGCUGCUGAAGGAGCGGCCGCUGCUAGCACUCAACCUGGCUGGGAGCUGGGGCGCCAAGAACGAGGAUCCGUCCAGCUCUGGCAUCAGUAUGGGUUCAGGUUCCGGUUCUGGCAGCAGCGGCUGCGCCUCCAGCACUCUCGGCACCCUGCCGCUGAAUCGCUGCUACUCGUCCUUACCCAGAGGCGCGUUGGCAGCCUAUGGCAGUCUUACACGACCCGCCACUCUGCCACGUCUUCCUCUGGGUUUGGGCCUGGGCCCGACGCCCGGUACCGGCAACGGGCCGCUGCCACAAAAUGAUCGGGAUCGAGAUAGCAACGGCAGCAGCAAGCGAAACAGCGACAGCGUGCUUUGCCACCGGCUACCCCUGUUGCAUCCUCUGCCCACCUGCGACGUCGCCAGCCACCAGGGCACCGGCUUUCAUGAGAUAUUCAACGCCAUUAGAGAACCAAAUUGCAAGCUGAGAUCUCUCAAUGUGUCUAAGUGUCUCCUGGGCGGCCUAGAUGCCGGCUGUUUAGGCGAGACCAUCAGAAGAGCUCGUAAUUUGGACGCUCUAAGGGCCGCCGGAGCGUCGAGGCCAGCCGACGUGAUGCCGCUGGUGCUAGCUCUGACGGAAGCGCCUUGUCUCCAGCUGCUGGAUCUAUCCAGCCCUCGGUUGGCCCUGGACGAUCAUCCCUCGAGACUAUUAUGCCACGCUCUGGCCAGGAAUACAACCCUCAAACUGCUCAGUCUGGAGGGAUGGACCUUUCGGAUAGAGGAAUCCGACAGUCUGGCAGUGUUCUCCGAGCUGCUGAGGUAUACAAGCGUGCGUGAACUGAGUCUGUGCAACGCACGUCUGCAUUUGGCAGUACACGAGGGUCCUUUGUCGAGACUGGGACGUCGCGACGAUGCCGGCGCCGAGCUUCUCCGAGCCGCACCGCCUCCAGCCUGUCCCGCAAUUGUCUUCCUGAGACUAGCCGGAUUCCAGGUGACAGUGAACGAUCGUCUGGCGCUGCGCGGACCAUUGCUACUGCCGUUCCUGGCGGGCUUUACGUCAUUGAGCGAGCUCGAUCUGUCGCUAGACAAGUCGACGAUCGGCGGCAGCAGCGGCUCGCUGCUCUUCAUCGACGACAAGAUCCUGCAGCAGUUCUUCUGCUGCUUGGCGGCGCACUUUCGCGGCUUACAGUCGCUUCGCAUCAACUUCUGGCGUAUCACAUUGGAGGACAGCGACCGGACGAUGCGGCAGAUCGCCAAAUAUCUCAAGCUUUGCGGCCUGAGCUUCCUCAGGGCGAACGGCUUGAUCGUCACCGACAGCGCCAAGCGGGUGCAAAUGGAGCACGUAUUCGUGCAAACGGUGCUCACGCAUCUGCAGUGCCUCACCUGGCUGUGCCUGGACGGCGUAGAGCUCACCGAGACGCAGGCCACCAGCAUCGGUAAAUGCGUGCGCGAUCGUUAUCCUGGCACUUCUUUGGAGAUCAGCGCCAAGGACGUGCACGUCAGAUCGGUCAAGGCGCUGGUGACCGCGGCCGAGGAAGGCGGCCGGACGGAGGUGGUGUACACCGGCGGCUCCAACUGUCGUCUGAAGAUCACGAAGGUGCAGAAGAGCGGCCGGAACAAGAAGAAAUGAAGAGAUCGCGAGCGAUUAUUUAGAGAACUAUCUUGGAAUAGUUUGCCGCGAGGCAAAGAGGAACGACGGAUCGAACGACCGAGAUGGAUUGGGUCUCUUCACGGAUGAGACUGCGGAAUCGGAAGAAAAAGAGAAAGCGAAGAAAAAAAAAGAAUAGAGUCGAUGGAUCUGCGCUGGGGAAGAAGCGAGCGAAAUCCGGAGAUUUCGAAGAGAUUAGAUAAGAUGGAGAUAUAAUGUAGAUUUCGUAGAAGAGAGUAUCGGAGAGUAUAUCGAGCGAGCAUCGAUUUCAGCUGCGCGAGGCGCGUAUAGGACGAAGAUGCAUGGGUGGAGGAGCGAGUUUUUAAUUUAGUGGAUUUUCGUCCUACUGUGAUUUCGUUUCUUGCGCGUCGGCGCGCUCACCUACGAUAUAAACUCUAGAUUAUAGCGAUUAUUAGCCCUCGAGAACGAUUCACGGAGACAGCGAAAAGUACGCGCAUCUAACGCCUUCGAGAAAUUAAUCGAAAUAGCUGUUUGAGAAAUUUUUCACUAUUCUAACGGAAUGGAUAUCACUCUUCGUCAAUGUCGAAAUCGUUUAAAUCGUACGAUGCCGAAUGGCGAAAACAUUGAUUUAAAGAUUUGAUUUAAAGAUUUAAAAAAAACAUUAAAUACAGAGACUGUAAUAUUAUUCACACGUGAACAAAAUUGUAAAAUAC